AUGGAUAAGAUCCCGCGGCUUCGUCGCAAGCCGAAGCCUCCGGCCAUCGAGACGGCCGUCGAGCGCACCAGCCGCGACUCGACCGGCAGCGAUGGCCAUUCGGACCCCGAGGUCCCUCACCAUCAGCACCACGGCUUCUCCCCGGCCGUGGCCGCCUUCUCUCACCACCCGCUGCACAAGUCCGCCGGUGCCUCUCCUGCCAAAAAGUCGCCUCUACGAAGCCUCAAGAUCCGCGCUUCGGCAAAGCGCGCUCGUGGCAUCUCCCCCGCUGACCACACCCCCAGCUCCCCCGUUGCCGCCGUCUUCAGCCAGGGCGGCGUCGCGCCGCAUGCUUCGACGUCGCGGCCUGCCAACAAUGGCCGAUCCGACACCAAGGGCCGCUCGAAGCCAGAGAUGCCGGGAUUCUUGGCGCAGUCGAGUCAAGAGAUCGACCGCAAGUUCCAGGAAAUCACCUGGGCCGAGCGCAUCCGGGUCGCUGACGCCCUGCGAAACCAAGAGGUCGACGAGUACAAAUGGGGCCACUACCCGCAUUACGACGCCUUCCAGCGAAGCAUGGACCGAUACAGCAACAUCCGUCCGUGGAACCACAACCGCGUCAAGCUAAAAGUCGCGCCCGACGAGUAUGACUACGUCAACGCCUCCACCGUCACCCUCUCAUCCCCUACCGACAAAACCCUCCCCCCGCUGCGCUACAUUGCCAUGCAGGGCCCGACCGAGCCCUCGUUCGACUGCGUCUGGCGCAUGGUGGCCGAGCAGAUGUCGUCGCCCGCAGUCAUCGUUCAACUCACGACCAUGAGCGAGAACGGCUGUAUCAAAUGCCACCAGUACUUCCCGGACUCAAAAGAGGAUUCGACCUGGACACUCAACGACGACGACAGCUGGGGCGACGGAUGGACGGCCCAGCUGACGUACACAUCCUUGCAGACGGUCGACAAUGGCGCCAUAGAGAUUCGCAAGCUGCUGCUCGAUGUCGAGGGCGAGAAUGAAACCCGGGUUAUCUGGCACUUUCUCUACCGGCAGUGGCCAGACUUUGGCGUCCCGACGUUUGACGACAUGGGCAGCUUCUACAAGCUCAUGAAGCUGUCUCGCGACUACUCCGCGCCGUCCAGUCCGCGCAUCGUCCACUGCAGCGCCGGCGUCGGCCGCACCGGCACGUUCAUCUGUCUCGAGCACCUCAUGCGCGAGCUCGAGCUUGGUGCCUUUGACAAGUACGACCCGGCCAUCAAGUCGGAGGACCCCAUCUACGAUGCGGUGGAGCUGCUCCGUCAGCAGCGUCGCGGCAUGGUCCAGAGCGACAACCAGUAUCAAUUCCUCUACACCGUCAUGCGCAGGCUGUGGCGCGAGAGGCACGGCAUCGCCGAGGACGACGGGUACGGUGGGGGCGGUGAGCCGGCCGCCAAGCGGCUCGAGGUCGCGGACCCUUUCACGGAUAACGGCGACGACGCGAGGCGCACGGCUUCGAGCGCUGGCAGCAGCCCCGGAGUGCCGAGAUAG